AGUUACACUAGGGGGCAAAACAGGCUGUUUUUAUUUGACCGUAUUGUGCCUGAUGCAACUUUUUGUGGUUUCUCUGCUCACCCCUGCUUCACAAUGAGUCAAGACUAUCACAGACAUGAUGCAAACACCCGGCUCGCCAGGCAAAUCAACUGAGAUGGAGACAAAAACAAAUCCUGGACCUGUAAACAAACAGACGUCUGGAGAGAACUGACCCAAAUCUAGAGUUAAUGCACGAGAGUUAAUAUGGAGCCAAACCCGAGCAGGGAAACCUCAUCAGACAUUCUCACAAUCCUCACUUAUGAUGGGAGGACUGUCACCAGAAUCAACGUUGGCACACAGACGUACGAGGACCUCGACUAUAAACCAAAAUAUGUUUUGCUUAAGGGUAAAGAAGAUCAUUAUGACAGUUUGGAGCAGAGAACUGAUGAUGAGAGUGAGCUGAAGAUAUCCCCAGAUAAUGAAAUGUUGGAUUUGCACAGCAAGGGAACUCCCCACUCUCCUACAGCCUGCCAAGAAGGAACAGAAGAGACCUUAACUAAUCUUGACAAGGGGGUGAUUGAUGGAGAGUCAGACAAAGAGGGAGAUCAAAGGCGGCAUGAUCUGAAGUCGAAAGAGGGUUCACAUGAAGACCGUUACACAUACUCUGAAUCAGGGGUCGCCAAACUUUUUGAGACUGGGAGCCACUUCACAGGACACGUAGACAGUUAUGUCACCUCAAGUGAUUUUUCGGAUUACGAGUCGUCCACCACAGAAGAGGGGGCAUUGGAGGGUGAAAGAGAAAUGAGCUACAACAGCAUCUUCUCUUUCAAUGUGAAGAAGGAGAGACUAAAGACGGUGCCAUUUAUCAGACGCUACAAAAAUGGCAAAAUUUUCUGUUUGGUUUUUCAAGAUGGAACUGGACAUGUGUGCUACCCGUCGGGAAGACUUGCCAUCCUCGCGGCAACGUCGCAUUCAAAGAACUUGUCCUGUGUGGUGGUCCUGGAGAACAAAGUCGAUGAGCCACAGAUUAAGGCGCUUUUUACCAGCAGUGAGCAGACCUGCUUUCAUGAGAAUGGCAACAUUUGGGUUAAUCUUACUUCAACAGGAGGCACGUUGUACAGUGAAACGGGAGAUGUGAAGAAACGCUGGAAGUGGCAGGAGAAUGAGCAACAUGUUCAUGCUCCCCCCUGCCAGCCAUUCCACCUCACCCUAAGCCCUUUCCUUAAAGUCCACAUCCAAUCCCAGGAAGAUAUCAGCAUCCUUUUCAACUCCAAUAAACACAGCGUGGAGGUCAUCAAAGAGGCUAGUGUGAUCACAAAACAUGUCAGCAAGCAAACAGCGCCAGUGCAUGACUCGCUUAAGUCUUAUCUGAAGCAGAAGAGUCCAGAGAUCAAGGCGCUGCUCCAGAACAUCCAGUCCCUUGCCACCUAUCAAAGCAGCGAAACUCCACCGAAGGUCGACCCUCAUCCUGCAGAUGGAAAGGCAGCAGCUGCCAGUGAAACGGCAACACUGCCAAGAAGACCCCCCAAAGCUGGCGAUGUCCUUCAAUAGGAUUUUCUCAUUUGUGUGAAGCGACUUGAGCCGCGACGUCCCUUGAAUUUGAAUUUAACGUCUAAGUGCUUUUUAGAAAUAAAGCCAAGUAACAUUAAUAACCUCUUCUUUUAUUAAGAAUGUCCAUAAAUAGAAGACCUCUACAAAUCAAUUUACAUGGGACAAACCAAAGCAAAGAGUACACUGAUGACACAUCCGUUCUUCAUGUAAGGGCAAAAUAUCAUACUGUGUGAGAGUAAAUGCUGAAUUUACCAAGUUAUAAAAGAAGUAUAAAAACACAAGUUUUCAGUUUUGCUUUCCAAGUGUGCAACUAAACAACAAAAACAUUCAAAGUGAAGGUUGCAGGUGAGAAGGUUCGUGAAAACAUCCAUCUCUGCUCUGAUUAGAGAGAACAAACUUGUCGGACCUGACUCACCCAUGGUACAGGUCAUCAUUUGGCUACACAGAAGGAGACUAACAAUGCCUUGGCAAAAGUAUGAAUACUCCUUCACCUUCUUCACAGUUUUUUUUUUCCACCUUGUAACAACAAACUUCGGGGCAUUAAACAGAUUUUAUGCACCAACAGAGUUCUGUUUAAUUGUGAAGUGGAAGGAAAAAGACAUCGACAUGCUUUGUAAGAAUAAAUCUGAAAUGUAUGACAAGCAUUUAUUUUCCCUUUGUAAUUUCUACCACUAGUGCUCAUACAGAUACUGAUAUUCUCACCCAAUUUUUCUGUACAAAGUAGUUCAAGGUGAAUCAGGAGCAUGUGUGAGCAGUUCUUUUUUUGUAUUUUAAAGCUAUAGGUUAUACAUUGGAUUUAGUUCCAGUAACACAUGAAGAUGCUUUGUUCUUAGCUAUUCCACCACUGGCCCUGCUAGAUGUUUAAGGUUGGUGUUUUGCUAGAAGACGAAACUCUGCCUCCCCUCUCGGGUCUUCUCACAGCAAGAUGCUGCAACCGCUAUGAGUCAUGGUAGGGAUUGAGUAUUUAGGAUAUUUUGCAUGUAGUGGAAAA